AUGAAGCCAUGUAUAACCCUGGAGCUUGAUGCCUCACUGCUCGGACAUCUGUCAGAGACAAGUAAGGAAAACUUCCAGAACUUAUGGAGAUCUGCAUAUGAGCGUUACCAUGGGGGCGAGGAGGACAAGAUGACACACAGACAGACACAGUUUACGGAAGCAGUGAGACAAUACCUCCAACAAAUUCAUCCCCAGGCUUAUAACAGUCUCAACAAACACAAAAACCACCAAGUGGAUCCACCUUCAGACCGACUUACUGUGCCCUCAACUUUUCUCCAGAAUACUGUUCCAAUCUUAACCAUAGUUGAAACAGAUGUGUAUUUUCACCUUAUACAGCCGUACUUUGCACAAUCUCUUCAUGAUGUGGUGACUUUUAGUCCUUCAAUAUUUGAAUCAUCUUUCAGCAAGCCUCUCUUUGUGUUGUACCAGAUACUUCAGUCCAUGAGAAUGUUCCACAAGCACGGUUUGUCAGCAGGUGAUCUAAACAUGAGGAAUAUUUUGAUUGAUCACAAGCUGUGGGUGUAUCUUGCUAACGUACCGGUGGGACAUAUAUGUCCGAGUGCUGGGUCUAGUGGCUCUCAAGACUCGGACACCCUUAAUACCCUGGAAAGUCAGCCGGCUACAUUAGCUGGCCAGACUGGAGACCAGGUUAUGACAGGUCCUUUACUUCAGAGACUUCGCAGUGAAAGUGACACUAUGGUAGAGGAUGCACGAAAAUAUUUACAGUCUAGUCAAAAUUUGAAAUUUGAAAUUAAAUAUCUUCCUGAUUUCGUAGAACAGUGGGUUAAUAGGAAGAUAAGUAAUUUCAGAUACUUAAUGGUGCUAAACACACUAGCAGGAAGAAGAGCGGGUGAUCCCAAUCAUCACCCGGUCUUGCCAUGGGUCAUGGACUUUUCUGGCCCUGAUUAUGGCUUCCGUGAUUUGAAAAAAUCCAAAUAUAGACUAAACAAGGGAGAUAAUCAACUUGAUUUGACGUAUGAAGCAUUCUCAGGUCUCUCGGAUGAUUCUCACAUUCCUCAUCAUGUUUCUGAUGUUUUAUCCGACAUAACAUACUAUGUAUAUAAAGCAAGACGCACACCAAAGUCCAUUCUGUGCACACAUGUAAGAUCCCGGUGGGUUCCAAAUGAGUAUCCCAGUAGUAUGCAAAGGAUGCAAGAGUCGACUCCGGAUGAAUGUAUCCCAGAAUUCUUCACUGAUCCUACCAUUUUUACAUCUAUGCACGAGGACUUGCCUGACCUUGAGUUACCUCCCUGGAGCAAGACUGCGGAAGACUUCAUCAGUAAACAUAUGGAGGUUCUAGAAAGUGAGCAGGUCUCCAGCUGCCUCCAUCACUGGGUUGAUCUCACCUUUGGCUUCAAGCUGACAGGAUUGGCUGCCGUGAAGUCGAAGAAUGUGAACCUACAGUUGGUGGAUGAGCAUAAACAUGUGACAAACAGGGGUGUUGUACAGUUGUUCAAUGUGCCCCACCCUCACAGGACCCCAGUCUCCCAAAGGACCGAGCACAAGCCUCCAAGGCUGCUGAAGAAUAUGCUGCCGUCUCAGAUGCUGGGUGAUCUGGUGGAGGAUACAAGCUCAGGUGACAAGAGGUCGUCUGGAACAAGUCAGACAGUCAAUGCCCAGCGUCCUGAACUAGCCACCAUCCGUCUUCCCAAGUCUUAUGACCCAGUAUCUGAGCUGGAUCAGCUAGAGUCUCUGUAUAGCUUCUCCAGUAGUACCAUGAGGGAGCUGCCACACUCCACUUGUGUAAAGACUGCUCCUUCCCCUGUGAAUGGCUCCUCAAGUGUUCUGACACGUGACAUGCAAGCCUUUGGCUGUCUAGUGUGUGAGAUAUUCCUGGCAUCCUCUCUCCACAUGCAGCCGACAAAGACCUCCCUAACUCACCGAUACAAUGUCCUCAAGUCAACGUUUAGAGAAGGACAUGACAGCUUUCCCAGGCCUUUACUUAAAGCGGUGGAAUUACUUUUGCAAUUCAAGGACUAUACCUCAGGAAACAAUAAAAGGGAAGUAACUCAGUCUGGGUUUUGUUACCCAGUAGUGAAUAAGUUAGGGUUACCUCCCCCUACACCAGUACAGCUCCUUCACCCAGUUUUAAACGUGCUUCCCUUCCCAAAAUACUUCCCUGACCUUUAUACCUGUCUGUGUCGGCUCAAGGUCAAAGACAGUGACAUUCAGCAGGUCAGGUGGUCCUACAGUUACCCACCUUAUGAAAAGCAGAAAGUUAUUAAAGUCAUUGCCAGAGAAAAAGUGAAAAUUCUGCAAAACUUUCUUGAAACAUUUCAAGGACAUCUUAGUCAAGAGGGCUUGGAAUUAAUACUACCAUAUGUAGAAGAUCUGUUCAGAGAUGACAUAACGGCAAUACCUGCAGCAUGGUCGCUCUUCAAUUUGAUUGGACAAGAGAUUGGACCAAAGGAAACAAGUACCAGAUUCCUUCAGCAUCUAGUGAAACUAUUCAGUGGUGAGAAUCCCUCCCCUAAACUGAUGAAAAUCUACCACAAAACAUUCCUCAUACAGAUGCUGCUGAGGCUGGGACUACAGACAUUUCUGUCUAACUUUGCCACUCUGCUAGUAGAGGCUGUGGCGGGCUAUAAGAAUUAUGUGUUUGAGGAACUGUAUAGUGAUCAGCAAGAGAGUGAUGCACUUGACGACCUGGUGAAGCGUGAGGAUGAUGAGGGUCUGACACUUCCUCCUCUAGAGGAGGAGGAGGACCGGGAUGAGGACUUAGAGAUGGGAAGUCAGUUCUCUGAAUUCCCAACAGAAUCAACACAAGAUGAUGUAGAUGACAUAGACGAUGAAAUAGCAGAUACUAUAUCCCUUAGUGAGGACAAUCAGGAUGAGGCUGAUGAUGAAGAUGAGAGAUCUGAGGAUUCGCUUAAUAUUAGUGUUGAUGAUGAGUCUGAUUUCCGGAGUGAUUGUGAGGCUUAUGGAGCAGAGAGUGCAGAGCGGGCGUCCAUUCACAGCAUUUCCCAUCUGAUUGACAAAUCACAUGACCCACAAGGAGUAGUUGAGAGCGAUGGAGGUUCACUGACAGAGAGGAAUAUUUCAACACGAGACUGGGGAACUCCACCAUUACAGAAUCACAAUGACAAUGAUGACAUAGCAGAAGAUACAGAAAAUAAGAAUAAUGGAUCUGAAGUGAAGUCCAGUAUGGUGCGUAGUGAGACGGAUGAGUUUGCUCACAGUAUGUCAGAAAGGACUGCAGAGGAAGUGGUUAACAUCAGCGACGUGUCGGCAGAAAGCAUCAAGUGGUUGUCGCAGAGACUUGGACCUGUCCUUACAGCCAAGUUCCUGUCUCGUAAUCUCCUACGAAUGUUGGCCCUGUGUUACUUUGGAGAGGAACAGCUUAUCGUACUAGUGGAGGCAGACAAAAAGUUCCCGAAGUCCUCCCGCCUGGUGUGUGGAGAUCGGAAUGCCCACAAGGUGUUGGAAUGUCUGUCCUGUAUUGCUCAGAUGUAUGGAGAACAAGUGAUCUUACUACAAUAUAUCCCCUGUAUAGUGGACAUG